AGUUCCGCCCGCAGUAGCCAAUAGAUGGUGAGCAGGGAAAUUCGAUGUGCGCAUGGCUGGUUAGCUCUAACCCGGAAGUAAUGGUUUAAUGUCCGGAGCAGAGAAGCUGAAUGAAUUAGAGGGAGGUCAGACAGACCGUUUUCGCCAUGUCCUCCCUGUCCAGCUACGCCCUGCGCAUGUCUCGUUUGAGCGCCAGGAUCUUCGGGGAGGUGGUGAGGCCGACGGACCAGCGGUCAAUGAAAGUGGUGAAGAUGUUUAGUGAACCGCCCCUAGCGAAAAGGAAAGAGGUUUACGACUGGUACCCCCCACACAACACUUACGUCUCAUUGAUGAGGAACCUUCGAUACCUCGGCCUCUACAGGGACGAGCACGAGGAUUUCAAAGAGGAAAUGAGACGUCUGAGAAAACUGCGGGGUAAAGGCACCCCCAAAAAGGGCGAAGGGAAGAGGGCGAUGAAGAAGAAGUGAAAGAAAGACGUUUAUUGGCUCUGCGUGGUCAGAUUGGUGGUUUGGUGGAAUGGAUUAACCCACUGGGGUGUCUCCCUUACUUAUAAUGGGACUUGUCAGAGCCGCCCUAUCACAUCUCUAGGAAGAAACCGACGCCUCUACAGAUACUGUUAAAGCAACGUGAACAGCCUCAGAGGCUGCAGGGAGUUGUAGUUCAGCAGCAUUCUGGAUACCUGUGGCUCAAAAACAUGGGAAAUCUAUGAGAUUAAAGCUUAUUAUUUCAUACAGUA